AUGGCAGGGAAAAGCGUGAAUCCGAAUUCGGAGAGAGAAAGGCCAUUUCGUUUCGAUCCCGAUGAUCCUGACUACAUCAAGGAUUUGCAGCGCCCAGCUGUCAUCAAGGAAGACCUCACAGAAAUGGAACGACGAAAGCGAGUGCAGCAGCUGUUGGAGUCUAAGAGUUUCUGCAAAGAGUUAGAGGAGGUGAUCAGACAGGAGUCAGAAAGCAAUCGUAGUGAUUCUGAGCAUCUAAAGACAAUACAGCGGCUUUCCGAGCUCACUCUUCCCAACAGUGCUAUGUCAUUUGCUAGUUUGCAUUCUCUUGGUGGAUCUGCCAUACCAAUAGCUGAUCUGAAGGGUAAUGACAACUAUACGAAACAAGAAAAGUUACUGAGGAAUAAGCUCGCUUCACUGUAUCGACUGGUAGAUUUAUUUCAGUGGUGCCAAGGAAUAUACAACCACAUCACGCUACGCUUGUCGGGUGACGACAAUCACAUACUUGUGAAUCCAUUUGGAUUACUAUACCAUGAGGUCACGGCUGGAAGCAUUGUGAAGGUUAACUUACAAGGCGAAAUCGUGGAUCCCGGUACAACAAAACUAGGAAUUAAUCGGAACAGCUUUAUGCUACACUCGGCGAUCCACUCGGCUCGUCCGGACGUCCGCUGCAUCCUGCACAUGCAUACGGCUGUCGUUUCGGCUGUGGCCAGCAUGAAAUGUGGUCUACUACCGCUCUGUCAAGAAGCCAUGGUCAUCGGACCUGUUGCCUAUCACGACUAUCAAGGAUCGCUGAACGAAGAGGAAAGUCGCGAGUCGCUAUUGAAGAGUCUUGGUGAUAAAAACAUAAUGCUAUUACGGAAUCACGGAUUCGUUGUGUGUGGACAGUCAGUCGAAGACGCUCUUCAUCUUGCUUUUCACACGAUUUUGAUCUGGCGAGGUGAUGGAUGUCUCGUCGUAGGAGAGACGCUAGAAGAAGCUGUUUUACUGAUGAGGAAACUUGUUUCUGCGUGUGAUCAUCAGAUACGAGCUGCCCGAGCAGGAAUUGAUAACCUUGUCAUACCUGACGAGAAGGCUAUUGAAAGAACAUAUAAUUUCGCAAGAAAUACAGGAAAUGGUACUGGGGUAAAUCCUUCCCCUGGAAGGGAUCAGGCUGGCACUGUUAUCAAUUGGCGAGUCGGAGAACUUGAAUGGGAAGCGUGGAUGCGUGUUCUGGAUCAUGCUGGUUUUCGUACGGGUCAUAUCUAUCGACAGCCCUUCUUACGUCCUAAGUCUGCGAUGGCUCACUCAACCGUCAAUAACAGCGAUGUAGCAGUGCCUCCGAGUGCAUCCGCAACAGGCUUGUUAGACGAGUCUGAUGCAGAAGCGGUAGCCGCGCAUAAAUUGGCUUUACUACGAAAGGAACAAGAACGGAAUCGUUGGCUCAAUAGUCCUAACGCAUAUCAAAAAGUUGAGAUUCUUGAGACCGGAACAGACAACCCAAAGAAAAUUACGAAGUGGGUGCAAGAUGCCACUUCUCCAUCAGCAAGUGGAACUCCAGUGAAAAUCAGCAUUCCUCAUCAUUUCAGCCCACUGUCGAGUAAUCCGAAGGAAUUUAAGGAUAAACAGCGAGCCAUUAAGGAAAGUGGUAGACUUGGCACUACCACUGCUGGACCACAGAGCCAAAUUCUUGAUGGCGUCACCUAUGAAGACAUUGCAAGGAUGAGACCAGAUGUUGAUGGCAUUGUCGGUCAGACAGAUCGGACCGUGCUUAUCGGCACAGCAAGCAAAGGAAUAAUCGAGAGACAGCACCAGCAUAAUGCUCAGGUGUAUCGUCAGUUGUAUGCUCCUAAUCCAUUCGCAUGUGAAACUGACGAGGACAUAAAGAAUCGUUCAGUGUGUCUGUGCAUAUUCACUAUCGUUUCUGUUCAGAAACUCUGA